UGGGAUCCUAGUAAACCAUAUACUGGAUGGGAUUUUAUAACUCACUUUGGUAAAGAUACUUGGAAUAAACAAGCAAAAAAUGGAUUAUUUGACACAUUUUCUAAAUCUGAUGCAUAUGAAGUAUUAGAACACAAUGCACUUUUGGAUGUAUUAGCUGAUCCUGUGAAAGGUUUGAAACUUAAUGAAUAUUGA